AGGUCUCACAAUUUUAGCCGCGAAGCCCACCACAGCAUAAGAAAAAAAUAAUAAAGAACAGAGAGACAGAGAGAGCGAUCUCUCUAAAGCUCCGGCCGCCGGGAUCUCUCCGAUUCCUACCACAACUCCCCUCCCGUUUUCUCCUCCCGGAGCUUUCCUUCCUCUAUCUUCUGUCGUCGUAUCUCCGCCUUCUCCUGCUUCUGAGGCGACCACUAGCACGCCUCCUCGCCGGAAGUGAGCACUCGUAGGAUUGGCUUCUCUCCCCCCCACUCUUGGUGCAUGAUGGGGUUUUCUCUGUUCCCGAUGAAGACCUCGACACGCCUCCUGUGGAGUACCAGCUUCUUUCGCCACAAGACCGUCGUCUUCUUCUAAACAGCCCGAUCGAUCGUAGAGAAGAGUUUACAUAGCUCUAUAUAUACUAUAAGAAGAUAAAUCAGUGUAUAGUAGAGAAGGAGAAGAGGGAGAUCUCGCCGGGGAUCGUUCGGAUCUGCGUACCAGACAUGGAUUCCGGCCGUCUGAUCUUUGAUUCCUCCUCUUUUCAUCAUGGUCGCAUGCUUCUUCUGGGUGGUGGCAGUCCGAUCUUCCGAGGGGCGACAUCAGUGCUGGGGAUGGAGGGGCCGAACAAGCGGCGGCCCUUCUUCACCUCCUCCGACGAGCUUCUGGAAGAAGAGUACUACGAUGAGCAGCUGCCGGAGAAGAAGCGCCGCCUCACCUCCGAACAGGUGCAUCUGCUGGAGAGGAGCUUCGAGGCGGAGAACAAGCUGGAACCGGAGCGGAAGAGCGAGCUGGCGCGGAAGCUGGGGCUUCAGCCCCGGCAGGUGGCGGUGUGGUUCCAGAACCGCCGCGCCCGCUGGAAGACCAAGCAGCUCGAGCGCGACUACGACUGCCUCAAGGCCUCCUACGACUCCCUCCUCGCCGACCACGACUCCCUCCUCAAAGACAACGACCGCCUCCGUUCCCAGGUGAUCUCGCUCACCGAGAAGCUCCAGGCGAAGGAUCUGGAGGCCGCGGGGCCAGCUUCGGGGCUGAAGCCGGACGAUCAGGCGGCGUCCAGCGCGGAUCCCGCGGCCCUGAACGCCCCUCAGCUGAAGGCGGAGGACCGGCUGAGCACGGGGAGCGGGGGGAGCGCGGUGGUGGACAGGGACGGCCCGCCGCACCUGGUGGACAGCAGCGGCGAGUCCUACUUCCCGGAGAGCUACCACCGCCUGGGGCCCGUCCACGGUGGAGUCCAGUCGGAGGAGGACGACGGCAGCGACGAGGGCUGCAGCUACUAUCCUGACGGUAUGUUCGCGGAGCACCACCACCCCGACGAGGAGGCUGCCCAGCUCAGCUGGUGGGUUUGGAGCUAGCUGAACGAGAAUAAUACGUAUCGGAGAUGGCCUGGCUUGCGUUCUUCUUCUUCUUCUCCUCCUUUUUCCCCUCUCCGGCCCUCAUCUCACUGCUAUCAUCACCACCACCACCACGGCGAUUAUUAAGCGCGGUCCAUGUGAGUUAAGUAGUGCCGCUGGAUGUGAAAUUGUUGUCCAUGUAUGAUGGUAUUGCUAUAUAUCUCAUCUGUGAUGCUUGGAAUAAUUGCAAAAUAAAGUGCUUAGAGGGAAAAACUCUUUGUAUGCACAAUAUUAUCGGUGUUCUGAUGAUUGUAUUGUUAAGGCACGAACUGUGUAUUUUGAUCUUUGUUUGUGAAAUGAUGGGAUCGUUGAUCCGGUUGUGACUUUGUC